AUGGAAGAAGAUAUGGCAUCAGAUCCUGUGGUAAGAGGCCUUAGUGUGGAACAACCUACACAAGGUCCUAACGAAGAGUCACUCCAAUUUCUCAAAUUGCUCAAAGAUGUUGAGGAACCUUGCUAUGAAGGUUGUACAAAGUUUAGCAAAUUGUCAGUCAUUGUGUAUUUGUACCACUUCAAGUGUCUACUUGGUUGGAGUAACAAAUCAGUCACUUUCUUGCUUCCAUUUUUGCAAGAGCUACUACCUUCAAGUGCGAAGUUGCCAAAAGACUAUUAUGAAGCAAAAAAAAUUAUUAGGGAUCUGGGUUUGAGUUAUGAAAAGAUUGAUGCUUGUCCUAAUGAUUGUAUGUUGUUUUGGAAGGAAAAUUCCAACCUCGAAGCUUGCUCAAAUUGUAACCUUUCAAGGUGGGUAAGCAACGAGGCCGGAGUUCCAAAAAAUACGAAUGCUCCUUCCAAGAAGGUAAAGAAGAAAGCUGCAAAGAUCUUUAGGUGGUUCCCUUUGAAGCCAAGGUUGAAACAAUUGUUUAUGUCUCUCGAAGUAGCUCCCCACAUGAAAUGGCAUGUUGAUGGUCAUACAAGUGACGGGUUAAUGAGGCAUCCUGCUAACUCUGAAGCUUGGAAGUCAUUUGACUUUAAAUAUGUCGAAUUCUCAUUUGAGCCUCGUAAUGUUAGACUUGGAUUAGCAGCUGAUGGAUUCAACCCGUUCUCCAAUAUGAGUACUACUUAUAGCACUUGGCCUGUCAUGUUGGUCCAAUACAAUCUUUCUCCUUGGAUAUGUAUAAAAAGGGCUUAUUUCACAUUAUCACUAUUGAUUCCUGGUCCAACCUCUCCUAGGAACGAUAUAGAUGUGUACUUACAACUCUUAGUACAAGAACUCAACGAAUUAUGGGAUGUUGGAGUAGAAACGUUUGAUAUGUCUUCCAAUAGCUCAUUUCAAAUGCAUGCAACAUUGUUGUGGACCAUAAAUAAUUUUCCAUCAUAUGUUGAUAUUUCAAGUUGGAGUACCAAAGGAGCUCUUGCAUGUCCUUCUUGUAUCUACGAUCCUCAAUCUCGUUGGCUAAAAUAUGGAAGAAAAUUCAGCUAUAUUGGACAUAGGCGAUUCUUGGAUAGUGAUUAUGAAUUUCUUAAUCAUGAUAAAGAGUUUGAUGGGCGUAAAGAUUUCAGCCAGGCUCCUGUUGUAGUGUCAGGAAGUAAAAUCAUUGCGCAAACAGAAGCUGUGGUUGAUGUUGUUUUUGGGAAGAAAAAAGUUAAUUUGACGAAUAAGAGAAAAAGAGGGGAGGAAGCCUUGUGUAUAUGGAAGAAGAGAAGUAUAUUUUUUAGCUUGCCUUAUUGGGAGAACCAUAUGUUGUGUCACAAUCUUGACGUGAUGCAUAUAGAAAAAAAUGUGGUUGACAAUGUAAUUGGCACAGUGUUGAACGUCGUAAAAAAAAAAAAAAUAAAAGUCUCUAUAGACCAUUUGUGUCUAUAG